GAGUUCCCCAAGAAGCUCCUCCUCGCGCACCUCCCGGAGGACUUCGACAUCAUCUGCACGCACCCCAUGUUCGGGCCGGAAUUGGCGGGCGGCGGUUGGGCCGGCCACCCGUUCGUGUUUGACAGGGUCCGCGUUGGCGACUGCCUGGCCCGCCGCGCGCGCGCCGAGGCGUUCCUCGGUGUCUUCGCGCGCGAGGGGUGCCGCAUGGAGGAGAUGUCCUGCGCCAGGCACGACGAGCUCGCCGCCGCGACGCAGUUCCUCACGCACACCGUGGGGAGGAUGCUUGCCUUGCUCGAUCUCAAGCCGACGCCCAUCGACACCAAGGGAUAUUGUUUCCAAAAGACAAUUCUUUGUUGCCUUCAUCGCUGGAUGGAGCAUAGCGACUUCUCCUGA